GCCAUUCGACGACCUCAAGACCGUCUCCCUCUCCCUCUCACCACACACCGGGCGCGCAUACACACCCCUCAAAGCCCUCCAACACGCGCACUGGCAAGCCUCACUGCUCCGCUCCGCCGUACUAGGCUCCCAAACCCACCCGGUACCCAACGGCAAGCCCGGAGAACUAGGUCUCGUCCGCGUGUUGGACCAGAUCCCUCUCACACAGGAACACGCUGAGGAAAACGCUUGGUUCGCUGUUCCGCUUGAUGAUGCACAGGAGACGCAGUUCGGCUGCUUGAUUCGACCACUCCUCCAUCUCCGUCUGCUAUGUUCCGUCAUCGCAUUCUUAUACCCUGCUCUAACGGCGUAUACUCCUGUUCAAUUCUGGCGCUUUCUUAUUCGCUGGCCGCAGGAAUCUCGGCUGUACCUGCCAGCACUGCUCCUCGUGCUUCUUUGGGGAAGUUAACGCCCCAAAUAACUGUUCUGGCAGAUCCACAACGUGAUCGCAACUGCAACUGCUUUUCUAUCCCCGUUUAGAAACACCCAUCUAUGGUGCUAUAAAUGCCAAGUCUGCUGGUCCGGUCUGCCUAGCGCAAGCGGGAGUUCCAAGCAAGAUGCUCGCACAUUCGCUCUCUUUGGGAGCACUUGCACUCGCCUCAGUGGCGUCUGCUCAAACUCCCAAUGUUUCCCUCCUGAUUGACAACCCCUUCUACUAUGACCUUACCCGGUCACUCAAUGUCCGCUCGCUGCUGCCCUUCGUCUCGGCUCGGAAGGGCGCCGCCUUCCACUGGGGUUCUACCUACUCUCCGCCGUCGACGGCCGAGACCAACUGGACAAGCGAGGUCUUCUUGACCUACUUCGCUCACAUGCGAGCUGAGAAUCUGUGUAAUGGUUUCCCAAUACGCUGCGGAGCACUUCGCAACUUUCCACACAACACCUUCUGGCACAACCAGCUGCCGGCAUGGCUUCCGGGCAACGUGACUGCAUACGAUCUUGUGCACAACGUUAUCCCUCUUCACGUUGGAACCGAGAUCAAAGCCCUUGGCUGGAAUGUCACUUCGUGGGAUGUCACCAACGAGCUCAUCUCUGAUACCGCCACUUACAACAUGACAUCAUGGGAGUGUGUUCAGAACGCCGACCGCUGGCCGACCGUCACGUACGAUGGCGGAUCUACGCCUCUUGUCACCAACCUCUCCUUCGCCUACGCGACCUGGCAAACUGCCUUGAUGAGCGCGAGCCCAGAGACGCGUCUCAGUUACAACGAUUACAGUACCGGCGCCCAGGAUGCGAAGACUGAAUGCGUUUUCAAGCUCAUCGCCGAUCUGAACGCUAACGCUUCCAUUCCAUACAACCGCAUGGCCGUCGGGUUCCAGUCCCAUGUGGGUGCUCAGCCAGGGUACUUCGUUCCCAAAGCCGAAUUGGAGAUAACUUUUGCACGUCUUGCUGCCCUUGGGGUUGAGUCCAUGGUGACAGAGAUGGACCUCUGGAUCCAGGCAAAUGAUACGGUGAAUCAGCGCUAUCAAGCUGCUAUUUGGGGUGACUAUCUUGAUGCGUGCCUAUAUGCCUCGAACUGCUACGAGUUCAUCAAUUGGGAUAACCGGGAUGAUACUUCUUGGAUCCUUCCGGGUGACGGCCAUGGUGUUGCUAUAGCCACGCUCUUUGACAUGUACGGCAAUCCCAAACCUGUUACGUACGAGAUCAUGGCUCGGUUUGCUCGUUAUGCCGAAGGCGCCGCAGAGAUGUGUGCGACAGCACUUGGAACCGAGUCCUGCACGGUGUACUAG